AUGUUCGAGCGAACCUACGUCGACACGAGCCCUCUAUGGGUCGAGGAAAGUGCACAACUUCUGGAUAUACUUAUACCUAUCCUCAGGUUCACUGGAGUUCUCACGACAAUCGUUUUGUGGGGCGUCGCUGUGGAGCUCUGCGUCCGUCACAGUCCGCUCGGAUUCUUCCUCGUGGCUUGCGGAGUAUUUGUGAGCGUCAUGGAGUUGGCUUUCGUCGUCGAUUUCUGGCUCGAAGUUCACAACCGAUCCGACUUGGCUUGGAGAUGGUGGAGGUGUAUCCGAUGUCUCGAUUUUGUCCCCAAAGCAAUCAUCUACGCAUUCCUAUCCGGGAUGUGUUUCCUCUACCAGCACGGCGACGAUAUUUGGCUGCCGAUGAUGAGCGCGGUGAUGUUCAUCGUGCUUGCCGUGAUGUAUCUGAUCGUCGGAGUACUGAUCUACAUGCGGAUCAAACGCGAGCAGGACUUCCCGGCUUUCGAAGUGGACUUAUCGUUUCCUGAGCCGGCGUCCCUGAUCCAACAAGAAGAGAUUAUCUUGCUGUGAAGGAAGGUUGGAGUAGGGACGGGAAGACGGGAAACGCCAUGUGUAUAUUAUAUGUAAAUAGAAGAAGGUCGGAUUCUGCGUU